AGUUACGUUGCGACCACAGAGCGAGUGGCUGUUCGGUUUGGGAACGGGAACGUGUGCGCGUUAAACGAUUGAAACGCUUGACAAAAGUGAAGGUGCGACGGAUGCUCAGGUUUCGUUGGCCCAUACAUAAAUACAGUUACCCAUACUCAAGCCACGCGUAUUUGUGUGCGUGCGUGCGCGCGUCUGUAUCUGUGUGUGCAACACAUUUCAAUCGAUGCGUUACAAUUAGUUAUUCUCGAUCCAUAGAUCUAUAUGCGUCCAAUAAAAAUAUAAAUCUGAUCCCCAGCAGUUGGUGAAUUAAGUGUGGACACCACUGCGUAUGGGCAGCUCGCUCUUUGCGCUGCUCCGUGCGAGUGAGUGAGUGUGUGUGUGUGUGCGUGCGUGUAUGUGUUUGUUAUCGUUGUAUUUCUUAUAAGUGAAAAAUUCCAACAACGUUGCAGCCCGCACUGCAGCAAGAAAUACAACAGCAGAAAUGAGGCAAAACACGUUUUGCUGAAAGAAAAAAUGCUUCUGCGCCUGCGUCUGUGGCCCCUGACGAUGUUGCAUUUGUGUUUUUUUAUGUGCGCGUGUCGUAUUUACACUAUAUGUAUACCAGAUCAACCAACACCAACAGCAAGGCUAUCACAAAACUCUAACUAAAAAUGUGAACAAAAAAUGGUUAUUAUUAGAAUCCAAAACUAAUUGGAAAAUGACGUUCUUUGAGAUUUGCGUGAAUAGCCAACCAGUAAAAACACAAAAGCAACUCGCUAAUGAAAACAGUAAAAAGUGAAUAUACAUCUUAAUGAAUGAAAAUCUGCGAAUACCACAGAGCCUUCUAAGGCUUAUAGAGAAGAUGCGUUCCCUUCUCACAAUCCACGGCAAACGAAGAGGGAAACUACUUCAGCUGAUCGUCCUAACCACUUUUCUAUUAGUCCAAGUGUUAGAGGUUAGGUCUACCGCACAGCAAUCCGCGUCGCCUCGUGGACGCAGCUAUGCCACAACAUAUGAACAGUAUGCCGCAUUUCCCAGGCGGCGCAGCUCCUCGCCAGCUGGUGAAAUGCAAUCCCGUGCCGUCGAUACCAGCGCUGAUUUUGAAGUGCUGGAGGGUCAGCCGCGCGGCACACUGGUUGGUUUUAUCCCAACCAAGCCGAAGUUCACGUAUCGAUUCAAUGAGCCGCCGAGAGAGUUUACGCUGGACCAGAUAACGGGUGAGGUGAAGACAAAUGUUGUGCUAGAUCGCGAGGGAAUGCGCAGCCAUUACGACCUCGUGGUGCUUUCCUCGCAGCCCACCUACCCAAUAGAAGUUCGCAUUAAAGUUCUGGAUAUCAACGAUAAUUCGCCAGAGUUUCCAGAGCCAAGUAUCGCGGUUUCCUUCUCGGAGAGUGCAGUGAGCGGAACCCGCCUGCUGCUCGAUGCGGCUACAGAUGCUGACAUUGGUGAUAACGGCGUAACGGAUCAUUACGAGAUCGUAGCUGGCAACGUGGAUAAUAAAUUUCGCUUGGUGACCACAACGAAUCCCAGCGGAGAUACAUCCUACUUGCAUUUGGAAACGACGGGCAACCUGGAUAGAGAGUCCCGCGGUAGCUACCAACUAAAUAUAUCAGCCAGCGAUGGUGGCACACCUCCCCGACUGGGUUUCCUUCAGGUCAAUGUCACGAUAUUGGAUGUGAACGACAAUCCGCCGAUUUUCGAUCACAGUGACUAUAGUGUGACGCUGAACGAAACUGUUUUGCCCGGCUCGCCGGUUCUCCAAGUAAUGGCUUCCGACAACGAUUUGGGCGACAAUAGCAAGCUCACUUAUUACCUAUCCGAGACGGAAACUCAAUUCACUGUUGAUCCUGAAACAGGAGUAAUUUCUACCACCGAGCGCCUGAACUGUCCACAACAAACGAGUGAACAGACUCGAGAGCCCGCUGGUAAGGGCCACGCACAAAAGAGCUGUGUGUUUACCGUCUUUGCGCGCGAUCAUGGCUCUCCGCGACAGGAUGGGCGCACCUACGUUACAGUCAAUCUGUUGGACACCAACGAUCAUGAUCCCAUCAUACGGUUUCAGUACUUUCCACCCACUGGGAGCGCAGCCACCGUUGAUGAAAAUGCGGUUAACGGCACGGUUGUCGCUGCCGUAUCGGUGAUCGACUCGGACGACGGCCCAAAUGGGGAGACAUCUACUCGCAUCGUAUCUGGCAAUGAACUAAAUCAUUUUCGACUAGAAAAGACUCCACUCUUUCAUAUAGUACGCGUAAAUGGAAUACUCGACCGCGAGGAGAUCAGCAAAUACAAUUUGACUGUUGUGGCCACAGACAAAGGAACGCCAGAACGAAAAUCCAUAGCCCACCUUAUUAUCAAUGUAAACGACGUUAACGAUCAUGAGCCUGUAUUCGAGAAGUCCGAAUACUCCGCUGUGCUGAGUGAACUCGCGCCAACGGGUACCUUUGUUGCCUCGAUCGCUGCCACAGACGAAGAUACGGGCGUCAAUGCGCAAGUGUACUAUGAGAUUCUUACGGGCAAUGAACUUAAGUGGUUCAACAUCGACACGACAACCGGCCUUGUGGUGACGGCCGGUCCAUUGGAUCGGGAAGUGCAAGCUAGCGUGGAAUUGAGUAUAUCCGCACGUGACGGCGGCCCCAAUCCCAAAUUCGCGUACACCCAGCUUAAGGUCACCAUCCUGGAUGAAAACGAUGAGGCCCCACACUUCGGACAACAGCAGCUCAAUGUUAGUCUCAGUGAGGACGUUGCUCCGCCAACGCUGGUUGCUUUGCUAUCUGCUACGGACAAUGACCAAGGCACGAACGGAUCGGUUACAUUUUCUCUAGCGCCCAGUGUUGAACGGCUGUACCCGCAACAAUUUGCUAUUGACUCCAUAACAGGCCAAUUAAUGACGCGCAGAGCCCUCGAUCGUGAGACAAUGGCGAAUUAUGAAAUUUUUGUGAUCGCGCGCGAUCAAGGCGCACCGGCACCUCAGUCGGCCACAGCUACUGUUUACCUCAACGUUUUAGAUAUCAACGAUAAUAAUCCAGAGUUCUAUCCGAAGCACUACAUCUCCACAGUAAAGGACCAAGACACUGGUGUCGCACACAAGAACAGCAUGCGAGUUCUACUCAAUGUCACGGCGACUGAUCGCGAUGACGGAGAUAAUGCCUUAAUUACAUACAACUUGGAAUCUGGCGGCGAGAAUGUAUUCCAAGUUGACUCUCGCACAGGCGCCAUCACGUUUACGGCGAGUGGCGAAAUGAAAAAGGCUUACUACAACAUGCGCAUCUCUGCUCGGGACUCUGGUGAGCGGCGCACCACACAGGAUGCUAUUGUGGAGAUCAUAUUAGAAUCGAAGUCGGAGGCACUCGACUUUGGUGCACCCAAUGGCUACGAAUUCCAAGUCACUGAGGAUCCUGAUCACAAGAUGCCUAAAUUAAAUCGUGAGGUGGGACGAGUGCAGGUGAAGAGGCAGCCUGUGUUUGCGGAUGCAGCCAUUGAGUAUUUCAUUAUCUACGGCGAUAGAGCUGAAAACUUUGCAAUCGAUCAGCGCACUGGUCGCAUUACAACAGCCCGCCAUAUUGAUCGAGAGGCGCAAGCACAAUAUCAGCUAACCGUGCUGGCACGCAGCAUAAAUGGCUCCAGUUCCAUGUCUCGAUUCGCAUACGGUCAGUGCAAAGUCCACAUUACGAUUCUUGAUCUAAACGAUAAUGCGCCCAGUUUCGCCCAGGACACGGAGGUUUCUAUUUGGCUUCCAGAGGACACCGCUGUGGGCCAAGAGAUCUAUUUGUCUCGUGCCCGUGACCGUGAUGCCGGAGUUAAUAGUCGUCUGCGCUACAACUUUACAUACAACACAGACCAACAGUUCCGAAUAAACUCUGCUACGGGUGUAGUCUACUUGCAGAAGCCAAUACGCGCCGAGCCCGAGACCGUGUUCUAUGUCGAGAUAAUGGCCACUGAUGGCGGCAACCCACCAUUGAGCAGCCGGCUAAGUUUGCCCGUACAUAUUGCCGACGUAAACGAUCACACUCCCGUGUUUGAUCAUACUUCCUACGAAACCUCACUCUUAGAGGCUACCAAGGUGAAUACGCGCUUCUUUGCACUAGCUGCCUCGGACAGCGAUCUGGGAGCCAAUGGGCGUAUUUCAUAUGAGAUUAUAGAUGGCAAUGCUGAUCGUAAAUUUGGAGUAUUUCCCGAUGGCUUCCUAUUUGUUCGUGCUCCCCUCGAUCGCGAGGAACGAGAUUAUUAUGCACUUACAGUUUCCUGUAGCGAUGCAGGUGUGCCAUCGCGUUCGUCGGUGGUGCCGAUUGUCAUUCAUGUCAUAGAUGAAAACGACAAUCCACCGCAAUUCACGAAUAGUACAUUUACAUUUAAUAUACCAGAGAACGCACCACCAGAUACGUUUGUCGGCAAGUUGACUGCGGUGGAUCGGGACAUUGGCCGCAAUGCAGAACUAAGCUUUAGUGUGCUCUCACAGUCGCAGGACUUUAAGAUCGAUAUGCACAAUGGUUUCAUCAAGACUCUGAGGCCGUUCGACAGAGAGGCCCUAGUGCGUAGCACUCGAGGACCUGAUAAUAGCGAGAGCCUAAACGACGAUGAUCGGAAUAUCAGUAGCGGCGGAGACAACUAUAUAUUGCUGGAGGCAGUGGUGACAGACAAUGGAAAUCCGCCACUAAGCGACAAGGUUAAGGUCAAGGUGAUUGUCACGGAUGUCAACGACAAUGCUCCAGAGUUCUUACGUGCACCCUAUCAAGUGACUAUUUCUGAAGGAGCGCCGGAGGGUACGCACAUAAUGCACGUUUUCACACAGGAUGCCGAUGAGGGCCUUAAUGGGGAUGUGUAUUAUUCAUUAGCUGCAGGAAAUGAGGCUAACUUAUUUAGCUUGGAUAGCGCUACAGGUCUCUUGACCCUUGCACAUAGACUGGAUCGAGAGUCACAGGAGAUUCAUCGUCUAGUCGUUGUUGCGAAGGAUGCAGCAUUAAAAAAUCCAUUAAGUUCCACAGCAAAUAUUACUAUCACAGUCUUGGACGACAACGACAAUGCGCCUGAGUUCACACAGUCGAGUAGUGAAAUUUCCGUAUUAGAGACAAGUCCCAGUGGAACUGAGCUGAUGCGAUUUCGAGCCAGCGAUGCGGAUCAGGGUGUGAACAGCCAAGUUGUGUUCAGUAUUACGGCAGGCAACCGAAGGGAUACGUUCCACAUAGACAGUAUUAGCGGCAGCCUUUACUUACACAAAUCUUUGGACUAUGAGGAUAUUACCAGUUACACCCUUAACAUAACUGCUUCCGACUGCGGCACUCCACCUCUUUCUACCACAGUUUUCUACAACGUUAUAGUUGUAGAUGACAAUGAUAAUCCUCCAAUAUUUCCGAGCACUGCGAUUGUGAGACAGAUUAAAGAGGGCAUAGCACUGAAAACACCAAUUGUGACUGUGACUGCAGAUGACCCUGAUUCGGGCUUAAAUGGAAAGGUAACUUACGUUAUCACUAAACAAGAGCCGGAAAUGUCUGGAGGUCGACAUUUUGGAAUCAAUACCCAAACAGGUGUCAUAUACACCCUGCGUGAGAUUGAUCGAGAGUCGAUUGAUAAUUUCCGGUUGACUGUCGUGGCUACGGAUCAAGCUCAGCCGUCGGAGCGCCAGUUGUCCACAGAGAAGCUGGUCACGGUCAUUGUGGAAGACAUCAACGACAAUGCACCCAUCUUCGUCUCGAUGAAUGCUGCAAUUUUGCCAGUUUUGGGAAAUGGAUUAAUUCCGCCAGGAAGCAUUGGCGGUCAUGUGAUGCAGGUACUGGCUCGUGAUGCUGACUCAUCAAGUAACGGCCUGGUCACAUAUGAGUUUGUUGGUGGACAGCAAGAGCUAUUCCAUUUGCAACGAAAUACGGGCAUAAUCACACUUGGUCAGGCUAGCCAACUACAAAAGAAGCCCAAUGUGCGCUACCAAUUGACCCUGAGGGCAACGGACGAGGCCAGCGGAGAGAGGAAGAGCACUGAGACUUAUAUUACAAUUAUUACGCUAGGCACAAGCGAGGACGAGGGCGAUCGGCCUGUUUUCGAGAAUUCUGACUCGCUCUUUGGUUCAGUUUACGAGAAUGAGCCAAUUGGAACGAGCAUACUAACGGUAAGAGCUCACCUUGAGGGCGCUGAGAUUGAGUACUUUGUGACAAAUGUCACGGCGUCCAAAACAAAUGCAUUCGGCCACGCGAGCAGCAGUGUGCAAGUUGACCGUCUGUUUGACAUCGAUGCAAAACUGGGAAUAUUAUCAACAGCGGUGGAACUGGACCGGGAAGCUGGCCCCCCCACUUACGAGAUAGAGGUCCACGCCAUCGCCCUGGGCGGAAAGCCACGGACAGCACACACAAAGGUGCAAGUAACUGUGCUGGAUAAAAAUGAUAGUCCGCCAAAAGUGCUCGAUACGCCAUUGAUUUACACCGUAAGCGAAGAUCUGGAGAUCGGGCACACUAUAGCUACGAUUCGUGCGACUGACCCCGACCCCGAUAUUAUGAGCACUAUAGUUUUUACUCUGCUAAACGGACAUGAUUCAAAAUUUAUUCUGGAGCCAACGUCCGGCAAGCUGCAAUUGAAGGAUACUCUAGAUCGUGAGACAAAGGACGUUUACAACAUGAGGAUUCGAGUGAGUGAUGGAGUGCAGUACACAGAAACUGAUGUAAUCGUACAGGUGGACGAUACAAACGAUAAUCCACCGAUUUUCGAAGAAACUGUUUACUCAUUUGAUAUACCAGAAAAUGCACCACGUGGCUAUCACGUUGGCGAAAUAGUGGCCAAGGAUGCAGACUUGGCUCAGAAUGCGCAAGUUUCAUAUGCUGUUGUUUCUGAUUGGGCCAACGACGUAUUCAGCCUAAAUCCUCAAACAGGAGCGCUUACUCUCACUGCUAAAUUGGAUUACGAGGAGGUGCAGCAUUAUAUAUUAAUUGUGCAAGCUCAAGACAAUGGACAGCCCUCUCUAUCAACUACUAUAACUGUAUAUUGCAAUGUGCUCGACCUUAACGAUAAUACGCCCCUCUUUGAUCCCAUGAGCUAUUCAAGUGAAAUAUUUGAAAAUGUGCCCAUAGGAAUGGAGGUGGUAACCGUGUCCGCCAAAGAUAUUGACUCGGGUAAAAACGGCCUUAUCGAAUUCAGCAUUACAGCUGGAGAUGAUAACAAUGACUUUGAGAUCCAUAACAACGGAACGAUAUCCACUCGUCGACAGCUUGAUCGCGAGCAGCGUAGUGGAUACACUUUAACAGUUACCGCCCGCGACUGCGCUGAUGAAAUGGCGAUAUUUAGUGACCUGAAGGAGUCGCAGUUAAAACUCAAGUAUCGCUCGCCGCGCCGUUAUUAUAAGACACAUCAUCAAAAUCAAUUUUUAUCUCAACAAAAGCAAGAGCGGCUAUCAUCGACUGUGCAGGUAACGAUAGUCGUCAAAGACGUCAACGAUGAAUCGCCCAUGUUCGUUUCCGCAAACGAAACGUCGGUAAUGGAGAAUGUAGCUAUCAAUACGGUUGUCUUCACGGUGAAGGCCAUUGACAAUGACGAGGGCCGCAAUGGCUACAUAGACUACUAUAUAGACGACCCGCGUACAUUUGGUGAAGACAAUGAGGUCGUUGAACCUCUGCCAUUUACUUUAAACCCGACCGAUGGAAUUUUACGCGUCGCCGAUACGCUCGAUCGAGAACUUCGGGUGAACUAUGUAUUGAAUAUAACAGCGCGGGAUCGAGGAGACCCACCACUUGCCACACAAUCUCAGCUCACUAUUAAAAUACUCGAUGAGAAUGAUAAUGUUCCGGUAUUCGAUCCCAAGCAAUACUCAGCAUCCGUGGCAGAAAAUGCUAGUAUUGGCGCGAUGGUUCUUCAAGUGUCUGCCACAGAUAUGGACGAGGGUGACAACGGGCGUGUGCGGUAUUCGAUUGUAUCUGGAGACCAGAAUCGGGAUUUCAGCAUUAGCGAAGACACAGGCAUGGUACGUGUCGCCAAAAAUUUAAAUUACGAACGCAAGGCCCGAUAUACGCUGACAGUACGAGCCGAAGACUGUGCUCCAGGAGAAAGUGCAAGCGAUACCGCCGAGCUGAUCAUUAGCAUCAUUGACAUUAAUGACAACCGCCCCACCUUUCUGGACUCUCCUUACAUAACGCGCGUUAUGGAAAAUACGCUGCCCCCAAAUGAUGGCUACUUGCUCACUGUAAAAGCUUACGAUGCUGAUACUCCGCCUUUGAACUCGCAAGUAAGAUACUUCCUCAAGGAGGGUAAUGCAACAAAAGACCUGUUUCGAAUCAAUGCUUCAACGGGCGAGAUUGUCUUACUAACACCUCUAGAUCGUGAGCAGCAGAGCGAGUACAUUUUAACACUUGUCGCAAUGGACACUGGUUCGCCCCCACUGUCUAAUACUGGAGUUGUGAGAGUUGAAGUACAGGACAUCAACGAUAAUGGACCUGUUUUUGAGCUUCAGUACUACCAUGCCACAGUUCAAGAAAAUCUUCCGAUUGGAUCUUUGGUGCUCAGGCCCGUGGCCACCGAUAAGGAUGUCGGUCUAAAUGCUAAGAUACGAUUUAAUUUGUUGGGAGAGCACAUGAAUCAUUUCCACAUUGACACGGAUACGGGUGAAAUUUCCACGGCCGCCGUAUUGGACCGAGAGAGUAUCGGCGUCUAUCAGCUAACACUUAUGGCUCAGGACAGUUCUAUAACCGAGCCCCGAGCGACUUCGGUGAAUUUAACGAUAACAGUAGGGGAUACCAACGAUAAUGUGCCCAAGUUUGAGGCAAACACAUUCAAUAUUGUUGUGCCAAACAACAUCCGAGCUGGAGAGUUUGUAUUUGGAGCACGAGCUUCAGACUUGGAUGAGGGAAUCAAUGCAAUGAUUCUUUACAACAUAAGUGGAAAAGAUCAGCACUAUUUUGAAAUUCAUGCAUCCACGGGAGUAAUACGUGUGAAAUCGGAACUGAUGCAGAAAAACAAACCAAAUGCUGAUGUCAUUUUCAAUAUAAACAUCCACGCCACGGACCUCGGACUUAUGCCUCAAGUGUCAACAGCAGAACUCACGGUGCAACUUCGACCGGUAGAGUUGUUUCCCGUAUUCUCAUACAUGCCCAUCACCCAAUUUACUUUGCAAGAAGAUGUGCAACCUGGCAAAAUGAUUGCCAAAUUGUCGGCCUCAUCGCCCAAAAAGGGAUCUAUUGCCAACAUAAAGUACAAAAUAGCCGGUGGUAAUAUGGGAAAUGCGGCUGUUGUUGACCCAAACAGUGGCGUUUUGAGCGUCGGACCAGAUGGAUUGGAUUAUGAGCUGACUCAUCAAUAUGAAAUCUGGGUCGCAGCUGCUGACUCUGAUAGACCCAGUCUUCGCACAGUAACGCUGCUGCACAUUAACGUUACUGAUGCUAAUGAUAAUCCUCCGGUCAUGGAGAAGCUGAUAUACAACGCAGAAGUCUUAGAAGAAGAAUCUCCGCCGCAAUUCAUUGUUGCUAUCAAAGCAAUAGAUAAAGAUUCUGGAGACAACGGCGAAGUCAGCUAUUUGUUGAAAAAUGACUACAAUGGCAUUUUCGAAAUCAACAGCUCUGGCGAAAUAUAUACGACCAUGCAACUAGACCGCGAAGAGAUGAGCGACUAUGCGCUUGUUGUGGAAGCCGUCGAUCAGGGGGUACCGCAACUAACAGGAACUGCAAGUGUGCUGCUCCAUCUACUAGAUAAGAACGACAAUCCACCAAAGUUCACCCGUCUAUACUCGUUGAAUGUAACAGAAAAUGCUGAAAUCGGCACGUUUGUUAUAUGUGUGACAUCCUCCGAUUUGGAUUUGGGUGAAAACGCGAACGCUACGUAUACAUUCAGCGCGAACCCUGGUAAUAAGUUCAAGCUCGAUUCCCAAAGUGGUAAUAUCACAGUCGCAGGUGAAAUCGAUCGGGAGCAACAGGAUGAAUACAUUUUGAAGGUGAUAGCCUCAGAUGGAGCAUGGAGAGCAGAGACACCUGUCACAAUAACCAUACAGGACCAAAACGACAAUGCACCGGAGUUCGAGCACAGUUUCUACAGCUUCAAUUUCCCAGAGCUUCAGCAUGCCGUUGCCUUUGUUGGCCAAGUCAUAGCAACUGAUCGUGAUAAGCAGGGCCCCAACUCUGUCAUCUCGUACUCGUUACAGUCACCUUCCCCCAUAUUUAGUGUCGAUCCAGCCACGGGCGAAAUCUUCACGAAAACGCAAAUCCAAUAUAAGCACUCACAGUACGUCAGCUCUCCAGAGAACAUGUUCUCACUUACCAUCCUGGCCACAGACAACGGAAAGCCGCCUCUCUAUACUGAAUGUCUAGUCAAUAUCAACAUAGUGGAUGCGAACAACAAUCCGCCGAAAUUUGCACAGGCAGAAUACCUCUCGCCGUUACCGGAAAAUGCGAGAGUAGGUCAACGCGUUGUCAAAGUACAUGCUAAUGAUGACUACGAUGUAGGAGUCAACGCGGAAAUCGACUACGCACUCGUUAGCUCAAAUUUAAGUGCGUACUUUUCACUUAACAAGCACGAUGGUUGGCUAACUUUGAUGAAACCUAUCGAAAUGCCGGCUAAUUCUCGAUUUGAGCUUAUUGUCAAGGCUACAGAUCGAGGAGUUCCGCCACAAUCAGACCAAGCUCGAGUCAUAGUUGUCGUCACGGAUGAAAAUCGACACGCUCCCGAAUUCAAGCCACUCAGUUAUCAAGUGAUUGUGCCAGAGAAUGAACCUAUCGGCUCCACUAUACUAACAGUAUCUGCGACGGACAAAGACAACGGACCCAACGGAAUGCUGCACUAUAACAUUGUGGAUGGCAAUGAAAGCGAAAAUUUUAAUGUCAAUAAGCAUACAGGUGCCAUCACAAUAAUGCAUCCGCUAGACUACGACCAAAUGCAGGAAUACCACUUGAACAUAUCGGUCACUGAUUUGGGCUAUAAGCCCCUCUCUGCCGUAGCUAUGGUCACAAUUAUACUCACUGAUGUCAACGACAAUCCCCCGCUGUUUAAUCAAUCGGAAUAUCAUGGAUACAUAGCAGAAAAUAAGCCAGCAGGAACUAUUGUAUUUCAAGCCCAUGCAACCGAUAAGGACUCCGCAAAAAAUGCCAUCAUCCACUACUCAUUCCUGUCUACCGGCACCGACCAUCACUUUUUUACGAUCAACGUCAGCAAUGGUACAAUAUUAUCUGCCGCGAGCUUUGACUAUGAGGAGCGACGAAGUUACAAGUUGCAUAUUAAAGCCAAGAAUCCAGACUCGAUAAUGGAAAGUUACGCAAUUCUGCACGUUCACAUUUUGGGAGUUAAUGAGUUUUAUCCGCAAUUCGUGCAACCGGUUUUCCACUUCGAUGUCUCGGAAACCUCAGCUGUCGGCACUGCAGUGGGUUCUGUGCAGGCAACCGAUAAAGACAUUGGCGAAGAUGGUCGAAUCUAUUAUUUGUUGGUUGGCUCGAGUAAUGAUAGAGGCUUUGGUAUCAACACAAAUACCGGUUUGCUGCAUGUAACUCGAAGCUUGGAUCGCGAGACCCAGAAUCGAGUUGUGCUUAAUGUAAUGGCCAAAAAUUACGGAAGCAUACGAGGAAACGAUACGGAUGAGGCACAGGUCAUAAUAUCUAUUCAAGAUGGAAAUGAUCCGCCAGAGUUUGUUGACCGCUUCUACACUUCAACGAUAUCGGAGUCCGCUCCAGUUGGUUCUGUAGUAACAACUGUGAAGGCAAUAGAUAAAGAUGUUCGCCCACAGAACAAUCACUUCACGUACUCCAUUAUUAAUGGGAACUUAAAGCAAAGCUUCAAGAUAGACGCUGAAAACGGUGAAAUUACCACUGCUGCACUGUUAGAUCGAGAGGAUAUUGCGCACUAUAAUCUAGUUAUAGGUGCGAUAGACACGGGGCUGCCACCGCAGACGGGCACAGCUACAGUCCGCAUUAGCCUGGAUGACAUCAACGACAAUGGACCGACCUUUACCUCGGAGGGUCUUAUUGGCUACAUUCCAGAGAAUGAGCCAGCGGGGACAUCAAUAAUGACAUUAUCAGCAACUGAUCCGGAUUUGCCAGAAAACGGCCCCCCUUUUAGCUAUAAGAUCGUGGGAGGCAGGCACAAAUCUUGGUUAACCGUUGAUAAGUACACCGGUUUGGUAAAGUCUACUGCCAGCUUCGAUCGUGAGGCAACACCUCUACUGGAAGCCAUUGUUGAGGUGGAGGACAGUGGAACCCCUAAGCAACAGGCCCGACAUAAAGUGACCAUCAAAGUAUUGGACAAAAACGACAAUCCAUCAACAGCGCGCUCUGUGCGUGUGGCUGUCAGUAUAUUUAACGGAGACCUGCCCCCAAAUACGAAACUAGCUGAUGUGCAUCCCAACGAUGUUGAUAUUGUGGGCGACUAUCGCUGCCGUCUGAAAGGCAAUGGGCAGCUGACUAUCAAAAGCGGCUGCGACUUGUACACCACCCCAUUGACUACCCCGAUGUCAUACUCAUACGAUGUCACUGGCAAUGACGGCAAGCACGAAGAUGUCACUUCGAAGGUGACCGUGGAUUUUCAAACUUUUAAUAAUGCCACGUUGGCCAACACCCUACCACUCUUGAUACGGAAUAUGUCAGCCACCCAGUUCCUCACAAAUCACUACCUGCAAGUCCUUGAGUUGCUAAAAUCACGUUUCUCGGCUAAUGACGAGAUUCUCAUUUAUAGCGUCAUUGAGGUGGAGGCAAACAAUGCAAGCAAUACAGACCUAGAAGCUCUCAUGGUCGUGCGCUCAUUCAAUUCUACAUACCAACAGCCAUCACAUAUUAUCGAACGCGUGCGUGAGAAACGCUCUGCGCUGUCCGACUUGCUGCACACAGAAAUUAUCAUUGGCUACGAGCCGUGCAGCACCCCCAAUGUGUGCGCUAACGGAGGUGUGUGCACUGCUUCUAUUCGACUGUUAGACGCAAGCCACUUCAGGAGCAUCGAUAGCCCUGCGCUCGUACUUAGUGGACCACGAAUCAUUCACGACUACACUUGCCAGUGCGCCAAAGGCUAUGCAGGUGAGCAGUGCGCCAGGCGCCAGGAUCCCUGUCUACCCAAUCCGUGCCAGGGGCAGGCCCAGUGUCGCCGCAUGGGUAAUGACUAUCAGUGCGAGUGCCCGGCUAAUCGAGAUGGUAAGCAGUGCCAAAAAGAGCGCAGUGAUGUCUGCUGGGGUAAGCCCUGUCGUAAUGGCGGCAGCUGCCAGCGCAGCCCAGAUGGCGCCUCAUACUUCUGUCUAUGUCGACCCGGCUACCGGGGUAGCCAGUGUGAGAAUAUCGCCGAUUCGUGUCGGCCAAAUCCCUGCUUACAUGGUGGCUUGUGCGUCAGUCUAAAGCCCAGCUACAAAUGCAGUUGUCCAUCUGGCCGCUUUGGACGUCAUUGCGAGCGUUUCAGCUACGGAUUUGAGCCGCUUUCCUUCAUGAGUUUUCCCUCAUUGGACCCAACUACCAACGACAUUUCUAUUGUAUUUGCCACAACGAAACCAACAGCACUCUUGGUGUAUAACUACGGCUUGCAAAACGGCGGACGUUCUGACUUUUUAGCCAUUGAGUUGGUCAAGGGUCAGGCAGUUUUCUCAUCUGGCGGCUCACGCACUGCCAUUAGUACUGUUACAGCCGGCUUCAAUCUCGCCAAUGGAAACUGGCAUAAAGUCACCGCCACUCGCAAUGGACGCGUCAUGUCGUUGAGCAUCGCAAAGUGUACGGAAUCCGGCGAAGUAUGCGCUGAGUGCAUUCCAGGCGAUUCCAGCUGUUAUGCGGACGACGUUGUGCCCGUGGGAACUCUUAACUUCAAUAAGCAGCCAUUGUUGAUUGGAGGCUUGCAGUCAGCAGAUCCUGUGCUCGAGCGCCCUGGGCAGAUACACAGCGACGAUCUUGUCGGCUGCGUUCACAGCGUCUCUAUAAAUGGACGCGCAUUAAAUUUGAGCUCACCAAUACAGCAGAAUGGAGUUCUACCAGGCUGCAAUAGAAAUGCCUGUCAGCCAGCUAUAGCGGCAGAGCGCUGUAGCAGCUAUGCGGGUCAGUGCAUUGAUCGCUGGUCAACGUCGCUUUGCCAAUGCGGCGGUCAACUGCUCUCCCCUGACUGCGGAAACUCUCUGGAGCCAGUCAGAAUAAGCAGUGGAGGAUUUAUUGAAUUCAAAAUUUCUGAGCAAUAUCGACGCAUGCAGCUCCUGGAUAACCUUUAUAAUGGAAACAAUGCAUGGUCCACGCUAGGAACGCGCGCCAAGCGCCUUUCAACACACAAUGCAAGUGCGCUGACCACGUCUUUCUAUGAGCCUCCGAAGCUACUCAGUUUUCUCUUCCGCACAUACAAGAGUCAUGGACUGAUCCUAUAUGCAGCCACCAACCAGAUGUACACGUCAUUGUCCCUCCUGGAUGGCAGGCUCGUUUACUACUCCAAGCAGCAUCUCUCAAUCAACAUGACUGUGCCGGAGCCAGCAGCAUUAAAUGAUGGCAAAUGGCAUAACGUUAGUCUACACAGCCAAAGUCGAACUCUCUACUUGCUCAUUGACGGCCACCAAGUGGGUGAUGAGCUGGACCUUGCGGGCGUGCAUGACUUCCUUGACCCAUAUCUUUCCACUCUCAGCUUAGGUGGCGCCUCGAGUGGUUUAAUGAAGGACGAGCCAUUUAGUGGCUGCAUUGCUAACUUUACCAUCAAUAACGAGUUGCAGCCGCUGAACGGCUCUGGCAGCAUUUUCCGCAAAGUGGUUCAUCAUGGAAAUGUUGAGAUGGGCUGCAGUGGAUCAGAUAUUGGUACGGAUGCAGCCCAAGUGGCUGAUCCACUCAGCAUUGGCAUCACACUGGUUAUUGUGUUCUUCGUUAUACUGGUUGUGGCUAUUUUCGGAUCAUACAUUAUCUAUCGGUUUCGAGGCAAACAGGAGAAAAUUGGUAGUCUUAGCUGUGGUGUACCAGGAUUCAAAAUUAAACACCCACCCGCACCAGUCUCGCAAAGCCAAACCGCUGAUCAUGUGCUGCCGCGUAGUAUUCAUGCUGGUGCAACAGAUUCGCCUGCACCACUUGUGGCUAACAGCGAUCACAUGAGGCCACCUGGCCAUCAUUUAACUGGUCCCGAGCUGAUUACGAAAAAAUUCAAGGAACGAAGCGAACUACCGCCAACUGCAGACCAUCCACAGCCACAGCAGCGUCCUCAACGUCCAGAUAUAAUUGAACGUGAGGUAGUGGGAAAGAGCCCACCAAUCAGAGAGGAACAUCACUUGUCUAUACCGCCACCGAACCCACUGCACCCACUCGAUCACGGCAGCUCCGUAGAUCUGGGCUCAGAAUAUCCAGAGCACUACGAUUUGGAGAACGCUAGCUCAAUUGCGCCAUCCGACAUUGACAUCGUAUACCAUUACAAGGGUUAUCGCGAGGCGGGUGGCAUGCGCAAGUAUAAGGCCACCACGCCCCCUGUGGCAUCUUAUACACACCACAAGCAUCAGAGCGCAGCAGCCCAGCAGCAGCAUCGCCAUUCGCCACGACAUGCUGUUAACGCCCCAUUCGUGCCGCGCGUGCCCAAUCAAAGCAAUCAACCACCGUCAGCCACAUCCACGUCUCGCACCCACCAAACAACUCCACUAGCACGACUGUCGCCCAGCUCUGAGUUAAGCUCACAACAGCCGCGAAUUCUAACUCUGCACGACAUUUCGGGUAAACCGUUGCAGAGCGCCCUUCUAGCUACCACUUCUAGCUCUGGAGGCGUUGGCAAGGAUGCGCUGCACAGCAACAGCGAGCGCAGCUUGAAUAGUCCAGUGAUGUCCCAACUGUCCGGCCAGAGUUCCAGUGCCAGUCGCCAGAAGUCUGUUGCACCACCUCAAGCACCACCGCAGAACUCAAUGGGUCUCACUGCCGAGGAAAUUGAGAGGCUCAACGCUCGACCGCGGACUUGCAGCUUAGUUUCCACUUUGGAUUUGUCCUCGAGCAGUGAGGCACCCACGCCUCGAGUUCCUGGGGGUGCACUCCAUCUAUCGCUGGGCGGCGAUGUGGACGCGCACAGUUCCACAUCUACCGACGAGAGUGGGAACGACAGCUUCACCUGCUCUGAGAUUGAGUACGAUAAUAAUAGCCUAAGCGGCGAUGGCAAGUACUCGACAAGCAAGAGUAUCCUCGAUAGUCGCAGUCCUGUGGCUCGAGCAAUCAGUGGCGAGCCCAGCAGGAGCCAAAAUGUAGCAAAGACCCCGCCCAUCCCGCCACAUGCCUACGAUGGAUUUGAAUCAUCCUUCAGAGGUUCGCUCAGUACGCUUGUAGCCAGCGACGAUGAUCUAGCAAACCAUUUAAGUGGAAUCUAUCGCAAAGCAAAUGGAGCCGCCUCACCAUCAGCAACCACCUUGGGUUGGGAAUACUUGCUCAACUGGGGACCAAGCUAUGAAAAUCUAAUGGGCGUCUUCAAGGAUAUCGCCGAGCUUCCUGAUACGACCAAUCCACAGCAACAACAACCCUCCCAGCCAGUCUCAACUUUACGUAUACCCAAUGUACAAAAAGCACCCGAGGAGUACGUGUGAAAUACUCACUUAGGAGUAUCUGUAUUAAGUGCAAAAGUUAAUGCGCCUUUUAGAGUUAAGCGUCGCCAUUUCAUUCUGUAAUGUACAACGAAACUGUACAGUUAUAGUUAUAGUAAAGUUUCAAAUAACUACUGCAUUGAUACAUAUUUAUAGAAAUGUACUUUACAAAAUAUUUAACACCUUGUAUCAAGGUUUCUGAUCCUAAGCGCAUUUUCAUAUAGGUCUUCAUCGAAAUUGUACUGACUGAUAUGCCUUUGCCAACAGUAAAGCCAAGUCCAACUCAAUCUUGUUGGGCAGUUUAGUUUUAUUAAUUAAGCAAUACUUCUUGAGAUAUACUUUUAGUGUUUAAUAAUCCAAUUACUUGUGUAAAUGUAUGUAUGUGUGCUAUAUUAAAAUAGUUCCCCCUACUCUAUUUAUUGCCAUUUAAGAACAUUGUAAACCAAUUUUAUUUCCACUGCUGUUAGCACAUUUACUUGUUUCGCACUAAUAAAAUAUACUGAAAAUACUUGCUGAAAUAUAG